AUGUGGCUGCUGGCGAUUGUGGUGGUGGUACUGCCGCCACUUGUUACACCGUUGACAGCACGUGGUCCUCCUAUUGUUCUACACGUACAGACCGCUAAAACGUCGUCCACUCAUCCACUUCAUGUUUCCGAGAAUGUGACCUUGUGGUGUGCACCCGACAAUCCACAGAUCACAAUCCGACGCGCGUGGUUCGUUCGUAGACGCGAUAGGCGACGCUUCGAAGCGCAGCUGAGCCCGGAAAGGAAGAACGCGACAUUCACCAUGAAAUCUCCGGUUGUUAGAGAUGCUGGUGAAUAUACUUGUGAACUGGAGACUCAACAAGGCCGUCUGACCGCACAAAUACAGGUAUACGGUAGGUUAGAUGUGUAUAACUAA